GCGAGUAGCUUUUUUUUUAGUUUAUUUCAAUUUGGUUUGCUCACUGUACGGAGUUUUACCCCGCUUUACUCUUUUUUCAAGAUGCCAACAGAGCGCACUACUACUACUUCUAAGUAUAUAAAGAGGCUAAUUUUUUUUUUUUUCUUUUCACGUCCAUUGCAGUAAAAGCUGUUCUAUUACAACAUAAAGUUAUGGAUCGAUCUCUUCCAUUAGAAAUUUUAUAUAAAAUAUUUGAUUAUCUGUCGAUCAUCGAUCUGGCUCGUCUGGAAAGAACUUCUCGCCUACAUCAGUCAAUUGCCCUCGACGAAAUCGAGAGGCGUAUCAUUAGAUCAAAAACAGCCGAAGAAGAAUGGGGAAUAUUAGUAAGCAUAAAACUGUUUCACUACUAUAAUCCACAACAGUUAUGGUAUUAAAAUGCUACCGAUGAUAUUAGAUACAAAUCGGUAAAGGCAAAGCAAAACCCAUUCGGUUUGAUGCGAUAGAGAAAAAGGCAUAUUACACUAUAAAGAUGGAUCCCGUGACCAUUAAAACAAUGUUUGAUCAUCGUCGUCCAAUCCAUUGUGCGCUUCUUCGCAAGCGUGCAUCGUCAUCGCCGUUACUACCAACUACUACUACUACUACUACUACU